CCGCCGACCAAGCUCUCUGUUUGGCCAGGCCUUCUUCAUACUUGCUGAAAGCACCAUAUCUCUAGCUAUAGCUGUGCAGUUCUUCAACUAUUAACGCAAACACGGAUUCCACGCCGAAUUCAACUCCUCCAUCCAACAUGUCUUCUCCUGCCCCUCUCCUACGGCCGCCAAUACCUGGCGGCCGACCCAGCAGAGGGCCACCUCGCCUUGGUCUCUCGAUACCCCCCUCUCCAAACGCUCGACCUGUCGUUAACGGAAAUGACAACGCGCCUCAACUCUCUCGACCACAGCUGCCUCAGCUCCGGCUAGCGACACCCAUGGGCAGUAGCCACACUCCAUACGAGGGCCGCCCUCAGCCCAAGGGACUGCCUCCACUUCAAAUCGGAACAGGGGCGGGUCUCUCGGCAGGAGGUUCCAGCGACGCAAGCGGACACUCGAGAUCGGGAAGCUUUGGGGAGAACGGAUAUGCAAAUGGCGCAACGUCAGCAGCGUCCUCAUACUCGCAGGCUUUAGGGUUCCCGGGGCUGCAGAGAACAAACGGCUCGGACCCCAUAUCAGCAAUAUCCCAAGGCGGGAGUGAAGGUGCACCGGCCAUGGAACGAGAAAACAGUAUGGGUCCGCUGCCUGACCUAGAGCAACUUGCCAAGGAGAAGGGCCGACCCCUGGAUGUGGAGGAUCUGGAUGAUGUCGGCUGGAGAGCGGCGAGUUCCAAAGGCCUGAUUCAAGAAAAGGGCAGUCUAGGAGAAGGAGCUGGAGGUGCAGUCACGAAGUGUGUGUUACAGGGUGGAAAGACAGUCUUUGCUUUGAAGAUUAUAACAACCAACCCAGACCCUGACGUCAAGAAACAGAUUGUGCGCGAAUUGUCGUUCAACAAGAACUGCGCCAGUGAUCACAUCUGCCGCUACUACGGUGCCUUCAUGGAUGAUAGUACCGGCACUAUUAGCAUUGCCAUGGAGUUCUGUGAAGGCGGCUCUCUGGACUCGGUCUACCGUGAAGUCAAGAAACUUGGCGGUCGUACCGGUGAGAAGGUCCUCGGCAAGGUCGCUGAAGGAGUCCUAAAUGGACUUACUUACCUCCACUCUCAUCGAAUUAUCCAUCGGGACAUCAAGCCAAGUAACAUCCUCCUGUGCCGUAAUGGUCAGGUCAAGCUUUGCGAUUUCGGUGUGUCCGGUGAAUUCGGAACGAAAGGUGAUGCCAACACCUUUAUCGGAACGUCGUACUACAUGGCUCCUGAGCGGAUCACGGGUCAGAGCUACACCAUCACCAGUGACGUAUGGAGUCUGGGCGUCACUUUACUCGAGGUCGCACAGCAUCGCUUCCCGUUCCCGGCAGACGGGACCGAGAUGAACCCGCGGGCAGGACUGAUCGAUCUUCUUACGUACAUUGUAAGGCAGCCGAUUCCGAAGCUCAAAGAUGAGCCCGAGAGCGGAAUCAGGUGGACAGAGAACUUCAAAUACUUCAUCGAGUGCUGUCUUGAGAAAGAACCUCCCCGCCGUGCAACACCAUGGCGUAUGCUGGAACAUCCAUGGAUGGUGGAAAUGAAGGCCAAGAAGGUCAACAUGGAGCACUUCCUCAAGCAAGUGUGGGACUGGAAAGAAUAGGGUGAGAUGUCGAUUCGGCCAUCAUAAGGGCCCGCUUCGUCCACUCCGGCUUUCUCGUCUCUUCAUUAGCACUGCGAAACGCCUCUUUAUGUUCUU